AUAGCUAAAUGGAUCUUUACCGGGUGUAUCAUAUUCCAAUUUUGUCUCUUGGUCUACCAUUGGAUUUGGGGGAUACACAUUUACAGAACCAAGAAUAUCGCUCUUGUCUAUUUGAACAUGAUUGCCAAGAGAUUGUAUCUGAUUAAAUCAUACAACCAUUUUUGUUUAUUUAAUGAUAUCGAUGAAGGGUCAUUCUUUGAUUGGUCGUGCUUCUUGGUUUACAACGAAUUGGAUAAUGCGUUACAACUCCUUGUUGCCGACACGCCAAGACAAGUUAUUAAUAUUAUGACAUUGAGAUUUUAUGCUACUGGAGGCGAAUCAAAUAAUAACAUUCUUGCCAAUAUUCGAUGGAUAGCAGAAACAAAUUUGAGACUUUCUAUUAUCUUGGGAUUCAUGUGCUUAUCCCUUUUCAUUUAUGCUAUAUUCAUGAUAAAAUUUGUAUUUGCCAUGGCAAUGUACAUUCCGAUCAGAUGUUCUUUAAAGGGCAAUGAACAACACACUAUAAAGAGUUACUGCUGUAACAUUGUUAAUAAGCAUGUGGCCAAGGCUGUCAGACAACACCAUAAACCAAAGCAUGAACUUUUGAAGAAGUUCUCUGAGGAUAAACUCGGCGAUUUACCAUUAUUUCCAAGACCAGAUCAAACUUAUAACGAUAUUAAGAAGGAUCCAAUUAUUGUACGUUCUGAAACUGCCGAUUCUAUACCGUUAACUAAUCUUAAGCCAUACACCAGGAAACCACCUCCAAUUAGAAACUAUUCCAGUUCCAAUAGCUCAUACACCAUGUCUAAGUCUCUGUCGGGUACUUCUGACGCACCUACAGUGCUUCCAUUCCCAUUGAAGAAAGAGUCAUUAUCAAACCUCAGAGAAGGUAAUGAAUCAUAUAAUUCACUGAAUACUUUAGCUCAAGAAAUGUAUAGAGAACCAGAGCAAAUGUAUUCAACAUUACAACAGCAACAACCUCAACCUUCUCGAAUAGAUUUAUUACGCAGAUCCAUGAGCCAACACCAAUAUUUACCUCACUCUAACUCCCAAGAUCAAAUUUACGACCGUGACAGAUCAAAUCAAAUAUAUGGCCAACAACAUAAUAAUUCUUACUCAAGUCUUACCAGGACAUUGCCGCAAUCGAGCUCACAACAACAACUCUAUAACCGAAGCAAUUCCAACCAUAAUCUCACCUAUAACAACACUUCCCAUCAACAGCUUAACUAUUCAAACUCACCGCAAGAAAUUUACAACAGGAGCAAUUCUAAUCAACAUUUGAUGUAUUCAAAUGACGAUAGAUCCCAGGAGAUUGAUCAGACGUAUCACAACUUAACUAAUCAAGAAAAUCCAUAUGAAAGUUCCUCACAUAGUAGUCUGCACAACCAUUCCCCAGUGUACGAUUAUGAAAAACAACCGGAUCAAUAUACCAACAAUAAUAAUGAUAAUAGAGAAGAAGAAGAAGAAGAAGAAUUUAACUUCCCUGUCAGGAACUUUGAGCAGGAAAAAUCCUCGUCAGAGUCGCUCCCGUAUCCUGUUAGAGGAGUUUCUACAUUUUUUGAAGACAAGUAAAUAACAAUCCAUAUAGAUAUAGAUGAGGCACUAUUUAUAUGCAUAUAACGUAAAUCAGUUU